GUUGAAGUUUCCGCACAGAGACGACUCUCACCGUCUUUUCCACAUCAUUCACCAAGUUCCGCUUCCACCUUCUCCCGUCAUCUAUCACCCUACCACACCUCGGCCCAUCACUCGAGAGCCUUAGUUCGAACGAGCAUUACUAAGUCGACCAUGGCCGGAGUAUCAGUGUUGAAAACAGCAAACGACACUGAGCGCAAGUCAGCCCGAGACUCACCCGAGAGGGGCACCAAACGGAUAAGGACACAAUCGCUUCCUCCGCCGGACCUGCCCAAGCUCGUCGCCGAACAGCACGCCCCGAUACCCAGCAGCGACAAGGAUACGCAGCGGCUAAUAGUCGUCCUGUGCAAUGCGACGCUCGAGACGUACAAAGCGUCACACGGAUCUGGCCGCGGCCCUGGAGGUAGAGAGGAGAAAUACAACCUGCUGAACAGUGACGAUCACAUUGGCGUGAUGCGGAAGAUGGGUCGGGACAUCAGCGAGGCACGGCCAGACAUCACCCAUCAGUGCCUGCUGACCCUACUGGACUCGCCGAUCAACAAAGCUGGCAAGCUUCAGAUCUACAUCCAGACCGCACGCAACGUACUCAUCGAGGUGAGCCCGACCGUGCGAAUUCCGCGGACAUUCAAGCGGUUUGCUGGGCUCAUGGUCCAGCUCCUCCACAGACAUCAGAUUCGUUCAACCACCUCCAACGAGAAGCUCAUCCAGGUCAUCAAGAAUCCCAUCACGGACCAUUUGCCCCCCAACUGCCGGAAGGUCACGCUCAGUUUCGACUCCGAAGUGGUACGUGUACGCGACUAUAUCCAAGGCCUCAACAAGAAUGAGAGCAUCGCAGUGUUCAUUGGAGCCAUGGCCAAAGGCAACGACGAUUUCGCGGAUGCCAUCAAGGACGACACCAUUGCUAUCAGCCAGUUCAACCUCAGCGCUAGCGUUGCAUGCAGCAAGUUUUGUCACGCCGCAGAGGACGUAUGGGGAGUCAUCUAGCCGGCCCGAUCAGACCUGGCCUAUCCUCACAGGACACGCCGUUUGGCCGCCUAUCGUCGAUUCGAGCGAAUCGGACAUCCGGAUUACGAGAGAGAUUGAGGCACAGGAGUGCACUUUCUAGCGGGACGCGCAUCUAGGCUUAGAUCGCAACAUCGACAGCCGAUGCGGUUACUGCUUUUUGUUUUUGAGCGUCUGUCUGAGUUUUCUUUUACAACAAAACAAUACUCGGCCUCAACGUCCAAAACCACCCUUC